AAAGAUAUGGAAAGAAGGUCAUGCUGCAGUGGAUUUAUUUACCUUGACAUUACUGAAGAUGUGGCUGUUUUCCUGCCUGCAUACAAGUUGAAUGGCUUAUGCUUGAAACGCAAGAAGAUGGAAGUCAAGACUGGUAAGGUUAAAAGGGAGAAACCUACCAUGACGAAAAAGAAGAACAAACAGGAAGAUGAAAUCAACGUGCCAUCCAACAUCCAUUGCCACCGAGACACUGAAGAGACGCCCGAACAAGAUGACAACGCCGCAAAUGAAGAUCAAGUCAAUGUGCCAUCCCACUUCUUUUUCCAACGAGACACUGACGAGACGCCCCAACAAGAUGUAGACACUUCACAGCUUCUUCUUAUUCUUUCAAAUGACGUUGAACUUAACCCUGGACCGAUAUUCCAGACAAUACCGGUCCCUGUGGAAGCGGUUGGCUCAAGCGAGAAGAUGACGAUAAUUACAGUGAAAAUGGACUGACCAUACACGAAAGACAAAGGACAUUAAAUAUUUACACAAAUUUUGCACCUGUAAAAUGUGACAUUCAUAUACGUGAAUGCUAUAAUUCAAUUAGUAAGCCAUGCAGAAUUCUUUGGGAUGAAGGGGACUUAGAUUGUUUACAUGUAUUAAGUAGGGAUACAGCAGCAGGAGAUGAAAUAGCGUGGGAAUUUGUAUCUAUGGUUAUGAAUUCUAGUUGCACUUUUUCCUCUUACUGCCAGUUUAAAAAUGAGAUGUAUAAAACUCGCCACAAUAAGGCUAGGUUUAUGGAUCAAACAGUUUUUUUUAAUUUUUGGUUCAGUUGGGCUUCAAACAUGAAAAUAGAUUUCCAUAUACCCUGUGGUGUAUGUGGUUAUGGUCCUAAGAGAUUGUGCUGUGAUGGUACAAAAGUAGGGGUUGGAUUUCGGAAUUCAAAUUAUGAGGAAAUUACAGAAAAAAACCAUGCUUUGGGCAUUAAUAAUACGCUGCAUCGUAGAAUGGAUAGAUGUUUUUUUGAAAAUUUGAAUGGAAUUGACAAACAAGAAAUGAUUAACCUUCGAACUUCUUUAGAUUACAUUGCUCGGAAAGAACUGAAUGAAAUUAAAGAGAAUGAAAUUAUUCCAGAGAGGGAUUUAUUGGACCGUAUCGAGUUGUUAAAACAAGCACUGCCCUCUGAAGUUUUGGGUUCCUUCGAAAGAUUUUAUCAAAUGAGUGAUAAUGAACGAGUUGCAUAUUCAAAUGUUUUAAAAAUGCUAGCCACAACAGCGUCCAUUACAAGCCUUAUACCCCCUGCAUAUUGUUACAAAAUUCAACUAUUAUUAAAUAGCCCCAAUAUUGAAAAUGAUCGAUUUAAUAGUAUUGUUAAUGAAACUCGUUCGUUUGCACCUGAACUAAGAGAUUUAAUUUGCGAGUCUUUAAUAAGCAACAAUGAAAUAUUGCCUGAUGACAUUAGAUUAUUUUUGCAAUAUCUAAUUAAUGAAUCAAUGUCAUUGCAAGUUACUGAACCAGAACCACCUGUACCUCAACUGGGCACAUACAAUCCUGAAAAGUUUGGAAGGGCCUAUUAUUUUAAUGAAUCUGGGUUAAAGUUAAGAAGUGUAAGAAAGUUUUCCAUUGACAAUGAUAGCUGUGUUAAAAGAAAUAUAGACCAUGACGAUACGACUUUAGAAUUUGAAAAAUGUCAAAAGCUUUAUUCUAAAGUUGAAACUUCUGCUCGAGGAACAUCAACAUUAUUUCUUUGGUUCUGUGCAGACCAUGGACAUUGCUAUGGUUUCCACAUGACUGGGGCAGAAGGAAGAAAAGAUCCCGCAUUAUCACUCUAUAGCUAUUUAGAAACCCUUCCACAAGACGUGUUUUAUGACUUUGCAUGUAAUUUACAAGAAUAUUGCCUAAACAGAGAAAGUGGAUACUAUAAAAAUGAACAUUUUUUUCGUGACAUUUUCCAUGGCUACUCCCACAAAUGUUCUAGUGCUUUUACAGCUAGCAGACUUCAAGGCUUUGAAUCUGUAAAUUCUGAAAUAUGUGAACAAUUUAACAGCUUUAUACAAUGCAUUAAAAGGUCGGCCCGUCAGAUGUCACAGUCACACUUUUGCUUUUACCUACAAUUCUUUUUAAAUAACUGAAUGGAAUAAGAAGAAAAAAUUAUCAUAUGAAAAAAGAUAAGAAUUGCUUUAGCUGGGUUAGUUUAAUGUGAUACUUAAAUGAUCUAUAAUUUUAAGUUCAUCUGAACUUUGAAUACUUACUGUUGCAUCUUUUGAUGCUUUUUUCUAUUUAAAGACUGAGCGAGUAAACACAUACUAUGUAUUAUUAUGCAAUAAUUGUUUUGUGUUUAUAUCUCAACUGAGCAUAAAGUGCUCAGGGUGAGCUAUUGUGAAUGGUCUUGGUCCGUCAUGGGUCAACAUUUUCUACUUAAACAACAUCUAACCUCUGUGCCAAUCUUAAUGAAACAUGGCACGAGUUUUCUUGCAUGAACCUCUUUCAAAGUUGUUAAAUGAAAUGCAUUCCAUGCAUAAAUCUGGUUGCAAUGGCAACCAAAAGGAAAGCUUAUAUAUUUGGCAUAAAACAUCGUCUGGUUGACCUCCUUCGUGAAUUUCAAAAUAUGCUAUACCCAACUCACAGGCAAAUUUGUCCUUAUUUGCUCAUAGUGAACACCUCUUAAAUGGCCAGGAAGAGAGUUCAAGUUUAUAGACAAGAACAACAGUCAGAUGAGCGAUAUAGUGUCAUCAUGGCACCUUUAUAGCUGAAUCAUUUAUGAAAAAUUGUCAAUGAUAUGUUCUGUGACUUGAUUUGCAGUAUUCAUUUCGCUGUCUUCAUGCACCUUACAAAAGCCAUUUUAUUAUCAGUGUUCCUGAUUCUGUUGUAGCAUUUAUUCUUGCAAUUCGUUAUUUUUCAUAUUUUUCCUAAUUGUUAUGCUCCCGAAAUACAAUUUCGCCGGAGCAUAUAGUUUCCAGUUUGUCCUUCCUCACUAGUUUCCCAUAGCACCUUCAAUUCUUUACCGAUCUCUUUCAUAUUUGGCAUGUAGGUACCUUGCAUGGACCUUAACCUUUUGAUGAGGUCACUGGGGUCAAGGUCACCAAGGCUAAUAAUAGAUUUUUCCGUCACACUUUUGUCACAGUUUCUCAUAGCACAUUCAAUACUUUAACGAUCUCUUUCAUAUUUGGCAUGUAGGUACCUUGCAUGACCUCUUCCUUUUGAUGAGGUUUGAGGUCACUGGGGUCAAUGUCACCGAGGCUAAUAAUAGAAUUUUUUAAGGUGGUUAUUAACACAUAGAUUGACAUAGCGCAUCAUCGGGGAGCAUCCAUCAGUUUCACUGAUAUUCUUGUUGUAUGUUAUAUACGUGAUCAUAGAUACUGUAAUUUUUGUCUUAUGCGACAGGUUUAUCAUGUAGAAGAUGAGUAC